AUACAGGACUAAGUCACCGCCCACAGACCUCACCGCCAGACCUUGUAUUUUCUACUUCCUGCUAUACAAGCAGACUGUUCUGGGGAUACAGAGGAGUAAUGGCUGAUCAACUACAUAAAAUAAGAAAGGGAUUAGUUGAAGGCUGCAACAAGGCACUUAUAAAGAGUCUCCUGGAUGACUUACUCGAACAAAAGAUAUUAAAUGAUGGAGAGGUGGAAUUAAUUAAUGAAGAAUACCCUGUUCCAAAUGACAAAAUGCGAGCCCUGGUUGAUACUGUGAGGAAAAAGGGAAACGCAUCUAGCAACUUCCUGAUUCAGCAAGUGGCAAAAAGAGACUCGAUGCUUAGCGCAAAACUGGGGAUACCAGCAGCUGCAGAACUCCAAUUGUCCAAACAAGAAACUAAGGCUGAGCCACCUAGCCAAAAAACUCCUUCAGAACCCCCAUUGCCUAAACAGGAACAGAAUGUUGAGCCACCCAAACAGACAACCAUCAAUGGCAUCACGCUGUGUUCAAAGAAGGAAUAUGAGAGAAUUUCCACGGAAGAAAGGGAUCACAUUUACUCUAUUAAACCUCGGGAGGAGCGUACACGUCUUGCUCUUAUGAUUUGUAAUGACAAGUUUCAUGAUCUUAAAGAACGAAAAGGAGCAGAGUGUGAUGUGGAUGGGAUGGAGAAACUGUUGGAUGGGCUCGGAUACAAAGUUGUUAAAAAAAACAACCUGACCGUGCAGGAGAUGCGGGACACAAUGAAAGAUUUUGCUGCUGAGGAGCAACAUAUGACUUCGGAUAGCACGUUCCUAGUAUUUAUGUCUCAUGGUCAAAGAGAUGUCAUUUGUGGGACUGACAGCCAACACUCUAAAGUGGAGGCAACAAAUGCACUUCAUGUCGAUGAGAUCUUCUCUGCAUUCAACAAUAAGAACUGCCGUGUACUACGAGAUAAACCAAAAAUUAUCCUUAUUCAGGCCUGUCGUGGAGGUGAUUCUGGUCAGGAGUUGGUAUCGGACAGUACUUGUGCCCCCCCUAGUUAUGUUGAAGAAAAUUUGGAAGAUGAUGCCAUGCGGAUGAUCCAGAAGGAAACCGACUUUGUCUGCUUUUGUUCUACUACACCAGAUACUGUUUCCUGGAGAGAUCCAAAAAAAGGUUCCUUGUUCAUCCAACGUUUGAUUGAGCACAUAAAAAAAGAUGCCCACCGCUAUUCAAUAGAGGAUAUCUUUCGUAAUGUUCAGUUGUCCUUCCAGGGCAAGGAACAGAUGCCCACACAGGAGAGGAAAACACUCUUAAAGAAAUUUUACCUUUUCCCUGGAAAUUAGAUUUACACUUUUUUUUUGUACACGGAAAAUGAGAAUUAAAAAUGAUAUGUUUAAUGUAAUAAGUUGCACCUCCUUGUUGCGCUGUUACACUGUUGGGACCGGAAUAUUUCAUGCAAACCAAUAGCCUUGUUUCAAAAAAGCAUUUAUAGUCACAUGCCAUAAAUAAUUUUCAUUUUAAAAUA